UCGGGUCCGGUGUUUUUAGUCAUCCGGGUGUCGUUCAUCAUGGCUGUGCAAGCUGGAAGGUCUGUGGUGUUCGUGACUGGAAACGCAAAGAAACUCGAAGAGGUCAUUCAGAUCCUGGGAGACAAGUUUCCCUACAAACUAGUGUCAAAAAAGAUUGACUUACCUGAGUACCAGGGAGAGCCAGAUGAGAUCUCCAUACAGAAGUGUAAGGAGGCUGCACGCCAGAUUGAUGGACCAGUAAUAGUGGAGGACACCUGUCUGUGUUUCACGGCUUUAGGAGGCCUGCCUGGUCCUUACAUAAAAUGGUUCCUGGAUAAACUGAAGCCAGAGGGCUUGUAUAAGCUCCUGGCUGGCUUUGAAGAUAAAUCAGCGUGGGCUCUCUGCACCUUUGCUUUCUGUGCUGGGAAAGGUGAACAAGUACAGCUCUUCAGAGGGAAAACGGAGGGGCACAUUGUGGAACCCCGGGGACCUCGAGACUUUGGAUGGGAUCCAUGUUUCCAGCCAGAGGGAUACGACAAAACCUAUGCUGAACUGCCCAAAGAAGUGAAGAAUUCAAUCUCUCACCGCUACCGGGCUCUAGCUGCCAUGUCUGAGCACUUCUCUCAAACCAACAAUACCUCACCACUGAGGAAGAAGAUGAAACAGGAGGAUUAAGCCGUCAUUUUAGACAAGCUUUCAAGAUGAAGAGGAUACUCCUUGUUCCUUGAUCACAGCGUCUACUUGUAUAGGCUGCAAUAGAAACGUGCUGCAUAAUGUUUUCUUUUUUUAAAAAAAAUAAACCUUGUAUUAAUU